CUGGACAUCAAGAACUUGUUCUUCCAGCUCUUGAACCGACAGAAGCCGCUGCCGCCCAUCAUGGCGGAGUACCUGGACCACCGUGAGGAGAAGCUCGCGCAGAUCGGCCGCGUGCUCUUCCACAAGCUGCCCGAGGCCCGCCGGCGCAGCGUGGCGAAGGAGCUAAUGAUUGCCCUGGGCUUUGGGGGUGGUUUCGCAAACUGGACGAGCAAGGUGCUGCAGGACAUACCCUUCUUGGCUUCGGAUGAGGGGGAGCGCGGCGAGGUGGCUGCUUGGCUCGGCAGGGCCUUCAACGACCACCAGCACGACGGCAUCGGGGCCCUCCGCUCCGCGAGCGAGGCCGUGAAGCGAGCCGUGGAUGUCGAGGUGGUCAUGCACGAGCUGGAGGACCCGUGGGCAUACGCGGCGGCGACGUACCCCAACUUGGAUUGGAGACUCAAGUCGAAGAUGGAGUUCUCCGGGUACCACCAACUGCUCCAGCGCUGCAGGCAGCACGUCAUACUUGGACGGGCGAGGGCAACCACCGUGGACUUUGCGAAGCUGGCGGCGGCGAAGCUGGUCCCGGUCGUACACGUUCCGGUGGAGGGGGGUGAGAAGAGGACCACCUACGAAAGCUUCGAGAAGGGAGGCUUCUGGCUGGUGCGAAACCGGGACGACUUGGGCCAGACCGUGGAAGACCUGAUGAACAAGCUGUGUUGCCCGGUCUUCGAGACAGCCGAUGAGAACUACGUGCCGCCGCCGCCCCUCAACGAUAAUGCCUUCUUCACCGGUCUGUCCUCGUCCGUUCUGGGGCGUCUGGCAGGCCCGCAGAUGGCGGACCUCGACGGCGACGAGACACGGCACAAAAUCCUCUUUUGCGACGGCAUGCUCUACGAUUUCAAGGAGCGUGUCCUCCGAUCACCGAUCCCCGCCGACCGCAUGGGCUUCCACGCAAAGGCGACCUCAGAGAUGUGGCAGCCGAGCAAGGCGACCAAGCUCUUCGAGCACAUCCUGGCUUUCUUGAAGGAGCAUCUGGAGACGGGGGUGUGUCUGCUCGAGGCCAGCGAGAAUGGCAAACAGGUCAUCGAGUGCUUCGAGGAAUUGGAGCAGGACGGGUGCGAGAUCCUCCGCCACAUGAAGGUGUACGGGGACUGGGACUCCGUCCUUUACGAGCUGCGUCUCAUGACCAGGGCCAUCUCCGCGACGCCGCGGUUCUGCGAGAUGUACUACAUCUGGGGAAGCCAGGAUUCCGGGAAGGACACCAAGUUGAAGAUGUUGCACGCCGGGGACUGGGACUCCGUCCUGUACGAGCUGCGUCUCAUGACCAGGGCCAUCUCCGCGUCGCCGCGGUUCUGCGAGAUGUACUACAUCUGGGGAAGCCAGGAUUCCGGGAAGGACACCAAGGUGAAGAUGUUGCACGCCUUCUUCGGUCACGAGAACAACUACGGGGUGAAGCUUCCGGGAAACUAUGUGGUGCAGCAGACUCGCUACCUGACCGCGAAGGACGGACCCGCGCCUUACCAUGCAAGGACUCUAGGCAAGCGGCUGGCCUGGGCCAGUGAAGUCCCCGAGCACUACUCGUUGGCGGAUGACUUCAUCAAGCCCUUUUGUGACAUGGAAGGUGCGCCAGUCUGCAGCAGGAAGCUCAACAAGGGUCCCCGGGACUUCAUGCCUACGGCUUUGCUGGUGGCAACAAGCAAUUCCCCUCCCCGUGUGACUCGACCGGAUGGGAUGCUGCGGCGGCUUCGAGUCUGCCAGACAACGGUCAAGUUCACCUUGAAGCCGUCCAUGGCCACCGAGGAGCGAGCCGUGGAUGGCCUCAAGACCCGGAUAAACCGAGGAGAGUUCAACAAGUACAUGUUCUUCCUUGCGGCAAAUCUCGUGGACUCGUUGGAGAUGGAGUACAACCCAGGCACCGAGAUCAAGCCGCAGCCACCGGAGAUGAAGAUGAGCGCCAUGGACCUGGUCCCAUGUGCAGACAAGGACGAGGAGGCCAAACCCGAGGCCUUCAUGGCGGAGAUGUGUGCGCUGGUGCCCUUGAAGGAAGCAAGCCUCCACACGGAGCUGACGAUGGCGCUGAAGACCUACCUCAGCCUGGACACCUUGGGCGCGGCAAAGAGCGUGAUCUCGAAGUUGGGGAUCAAAGGACAAUCCUAUGGCCCGCGGUACAUCUCCACCCUCAAGCAAAAUGAGCGCAUGGUGGGUGUGAAGCUCCGAUCGGCAUCGACAAGUAGCUCUUAG